AUGUGUGAAGCAGCGUACGAUAAUUAUACAGAAAAUCCUGAAGCGUUUAUGAAAUUUUUAGAGGAAUCAGAGAAGCCAUUGUACAAGGGAUGCGAACGUUACACAAAGUUGAGUGCACUUGUUAAACUAAAGCAAUAUGAAAACUGCGUAAGUUGCCCUAGAUGUGGCUUGUCACGGUGGAAGCUAACCAAAAACAAGGUUGAGAAGAAAGGUGUUCCUGCUAAGGUGGUUUGGUAUUUCCCUCCCAUUCCAAGAUUUAAGCGCAUGUUUAAAUCUUUAGAGACCUCGAGAAAUUUAACAUGGCAUGCAGAUUCUACAAGAGUUGUUGGUCAGUUACGUCAUCCAGUUGAUUCACCGUCAUGGAAGUUGGUGGAUCAUAUGUGGCCUGAAUUUGAAAGUGAGCCAAGAAAUCUUCGCCUAGCACUUGCAGCUGAUGGCAUUAAUCCUCAUAGCAACCUUAGCAGUCGGUACAGCUGUUGGCCAAUCAUGUUGGUCAACUAUAAUUUACCUCCAAAUAUGUGCAUGAAGAGGAAAUACAUCAUGCUAACUAUGCUCAUUUCAGGGCCUAAGCAGCCUGGAAAUGAUAUUGAUGUCUAUCUGGAGGUGCUAGUUGAAGAUUUGCAACGAUUGUGGGAAGGAGUUGAUGGAGUCUAUGAUGCUUAUCGAAGGCAGUUCUUCACUCUUAAAGCAGUCUUAUUAUGGACCAUCAAUGACUUUCCUGCCUAUGGUAACCUUAGUGGAUGUACUACACAUGGUUAUUAUGCAUGUCCAGUAUGCGGAGAAGAUACUUAUGCAAGACACUUGGAAAAUGGGAAGAAAAUGUCAUUUGCUGGCCAUAGAAGAUUCCUAUCACGAUUUCAUCCCUAUCGUAGGCAAAUGAAGGAGUUUAAUGGCAUGGAGGAACUUGAAGAAGCAGCUAGACCAUUAUCUGGGAUUAAGUUGUUUGACAAACUUUCUGACAUAAGGUGUGAGUUUGGAAAGAAGAUAAGUGUGAGAGGGAAAAUAAAGAAGGCAAAGGCUAAUAAGUUGGAAGCCAAUAUAGAAGAAAAAGAUUUAGGAGCAACAAAUUUCAGAAAAUGUUGGAAGAAGAAGUCAAUCUUUUUUAAUAUUCCUUACUGGAAACACCUGCAUGUAAGGCAUUGUCUUGAUGUUAUGCACAUUGAGAAAAAUGUCUUUGAAUCCCUCAUUAAUACUUUGAUGAAUGUUAAAGGAAAAACCAAGGAUAAUGUGGCAGCUAGAUUGGACAUGGUUGAGAUGGGAAUUAGGCCUGAAUUAACACCUAUACAUUUCUUGCCAAUAGUCAUACGUGAUGCACUGCCAAAACAUGUUAGAUAUGCCAUCAUAAGAUUAUGCUUCUUCUUCAAAGAUAUUUGUUGCAAAGUUAUAGAUGUAGCCAAGUUAGAUAAGCUGCAAUCUGACUUGGUUGUUACACUCUGCUUAUUGGAGCAAUAUUUUCCCCCAUCUUUCUUCGAUAUCAUGCUUCACUUAACUGUCCAUCUUGUUCGAGAAGUCCGAUUAUGUGGACCAAUUUACUUCAGAUGGAUGUAUCCAUUUGAAAGAAGCAUGAAGGUGCUUAAGAGUUAUGUGGGCAGUCGAAAACAUCCUGAAGGUUGCAUUGUUCAAAGAUAUUUAGCAGAAGAAGCAAUUGAGUUUUGUUCAGAAUAUCUUAAUGGCGUUGAUCCUAUUGGAGUCCCUCAAUCAAUACGAGACUCGAAAGCAAAUAUUUCUGGCUUGCAAGCAUGCAACGCACCAAUUGUAGUGCAACAAGUUGAUCUGCAACAAGCACAUUUGACUGUGCUAGAAAAUAUGGAAGAAGUAUCUCCCUAUAUAAUUGAACAUAAAAUAUUUUUGAAAUCAAUGUUUCCCAAAAAAGAGAAAGAUGAAAGGUGGAUACAAGAUGCUCACAACAAGAGGUUUAUUGAUUGGUUUCGUGCAAAGGUGGCUGCUGAAAUUGACAGUUGCAAUGGUGGAACAACAUCGACAUUAACAUGGUUGGCCCAUGGACCGCGUGUGCAAAUCCUUAAGUAUAAUAGUUAUGUGAUAAAUGGUAAUUUAUACCAAACAAAGGCGCGGGAUGAUGACAGAGUUUGUCAAAACAGUGGGGUUUCUUUAGUUACCAACACAAUGCUUGUGUGUAGUGCUAAAGAUAAGAAUCCCUUGCUAGCUGAUGUAUCUUACUAUGGAGUGAUUGAAGAAAUAUGGGAAUUAGACUAUCAUCAAUUUCACGUUCCUCUUUUCAAGUGCGCGUGGGUUGCAAAUGAUAAAGGAAUAAUCAACAACGAUGAAUGUGGUUUCACCUUAGUUAAUUUGAACAAAUGA